UUAAUAAAGAUAAUCUUCCAAAGUUUCAAUAUACUCGAUUUGGUGGCAAAAUGAAACAACAUUUAUCAGAGUAUGUCAUUGCUCAUAUUAUAAACACUGAAAGAAAAACUCGUUUUCUUUACGAACAGCAAGAAAAAAGGGCCAAACAAAGAUACUAGAAAACAGUCCUCCUUAUCGUCUUUUAUCUCAGCUCUCUGUCUCAAUCCUUGGAGCAGGAGAUAUUGGUAAAGAAAUUGCAAAACAUUGCAAAGGUUUUGGGAUGACUGUUUAUGGUAUGGUAUCUUAUCAAAGAGAAAACGAAAGUGAAAACAUUGAUGAACUUUUUACUCCUUCUUCUUUGGCUAACUACUUAGAAAAGUCUGAUUAUGUUGUUAAUACUUUACCUAAGACGCUUCACACAACUGGAAUUCUCUCAAAUUCAAUUUUAAAACAUUGUGCUAAGCGUCAAUCAGUAUUUAUCAAUGUUGGUCGAGGCAAUAUUUUGACUGAGGCAGAUGUUAUUGAAGCAAUAGAAAAUAAAUGGAUUCAAAGUGCUGUGCUUGAUGUUUUUGAAAAAGAGCCAUUGAUGUCUGAUAGCAAGCUUUGGAGUUUGCCAAAUGUCACAAUAACUCCUCAUGUUGCUGGUUGCUUUUUAGCAAGAGAAUUGGUUGAAGUAUUUAUUCAAAACUUAAAGCUUUAUGAAGAAGGGAAACCUUUAAAUUAUUUGGUUGACUGGGUUAAAGGUUACUGAAAUGAUAAAAUGCACUUAUUUGAUUUUUUGUGUUUUAAAAUAAAAUACUUUUAUGUAUGUAAA